UAUUUUUUUUUGUCUACGCCUAGCAAGUAAAUCAAAAAAAUAUUUACUUGCCGAAAGUAUAGUAGUUUUUUUUUAAUUCAGUUUAAUUUUCGAGCACGAAAUUUAGGCGGUAAAAUUUAGCGGGAACACUCACAACUUUGAACUUUCGCAUUUUCUGCUUGGUGCGAAUUAACGCGGAAACGAGAUAUUUUAAUACUUUCACGUUUGUUAUCAAUAAUGUCGUCAAAAAAAGGAGGAAAGUCCAAAUUUCUAAGUGAGGAUUUAAAUGAAUUGCUAAAUGAAUCACAGUUUCUAAAGGAUUCUGUCAGCAAUAAGAAAAUUACUAAACGACAGAAAAAUGAUGUGACCGAAGAAGAAAGCAUUGCAAAGUUGAUUGGUCAAUAUCAAGCAAAUUCAAAGAAAAAGAAGUUGGACGUUAAUGUAGAAGCUUGUAAGGAGUCGCGACAGAAAAUAUUGGAUGUAAUGAACAAUCAACUAGAAACAAGGAAAGAAAAAAGUAAUAACCUACUUAAAAACCUAUCAGAAGUGAUGAUACAGCUGGAAGCAGAUUGCAAUGCAAUGAAAGACAAUGAAAAAAAGUUAGAACAUUUAACUGGAGCUGUAGUCAAGUGUAUGCAGCAGGCCACCACAGCCCAUAGACAGAAACUGAAAGUAUUAAAAGAUAUUCAUGCUUCAUUUAAAAAACAAUGUGAAGAAAUGGAAAUGGACCACAAAACUGAAACAGACAAAUUAGCAGAAGAAUUGGAGGAUGACAUAAAAAAACUACAAGAAAAAUUAAUUUCUGAAACCAAAAGAAGUGGUUGGGAAAACUUACGCAGAACAAUUUUCCAUGCAAUGCAAAAUGAUUUUUAGUCUUUUGUUUUUUCUAUGAUUUUGGAUUGUUAACAUGAUUUAAAAUAAAUUAUUGAAGUACAUAAUU